UUGUCGUUUGUGUAUUAAUUGACACACAUUGGAAAUAACCUCAAAACAGUUUUACAACUUACUUUUUGAAAAAGUGUAUUAUGUUAUAAUUCCGGAUCAGAAUUGAAGACAUACGUACGGAAAUUUUUUACGCUUGAUAUAAGAAUUUAUAUGCUAAUCAUACCAUGAGAAUUUAUGUAAUAAUACGAUUAAAUUGAAAGCUUAGCCUUUACUACCGGCAAACAACAACACCUCUUAAUUGAAUAUCAUAUCACUCUGUAAAGAGCAAAAUAUCAUUUUGACAGAGAUGACAACAAGGGAGAUCUUGACCAUUCAAUUGGGUCAUUACUCGAAUUUUAUCGGUGCGCAUUGGUGGAAUCUACAGGAGUCUAACUUUACAUAUGAUCCAAAAAAUCCAUCUGAAGUAAACCAUGAUGUAUUGUAUAAAGAAGGCGAAAAUAUGCGAAAACAAGUUACGUUCACUCCAAGAUUAUUAAUAGCAGAUUUAAAAGGAUCACAGGGCUAUCUGAGUGAACAAGGUUCUUUGUAUGACACAGAAUCUUCAGAUAAUCAGUUGCUAUGGGAUAGCACAAAAUUAGAAAUUACGAGCGCCGAGCCUAGUCCAAAAACACCUUUUGUUCAGAAUUUAAAUAAACCUGAUAAAGCUGUGAAUAUAGAAACUUAUAACUUUGAAAGCGACGUGAAAUCAUGGGUCGACUAUCUUUUACCAUUAUUUCAUCCAAGAACGGUAACAGUUAUUAAACCAUAUUCACACAAUUGUACGCAGCGGCCAUUCGAUAUAUUCACGUAUGGCAGCGAUUUAUGGACCACGGAACAAUUCUCCGAUAAUUUUACGGAUAGAAUACGAUCUUAUGUAGAAGAAUGUGAUUUAAUGCAAGGAUUUCAGGUGCUUAUGGAUUCUACCGAUGGUUUUGCCGGCCUUGGAGCAUCUUGCGUUCAGCAUCUACAUGAUGAGUACGGAAAAAGCAUCUUAGCAUUUCCAUGUCUUGACUUUAAUAAUGCCGAACCUAGUGCGUCGGACUUGGUCAAGAUCGUCAAUACAGCAUUAUGCUGGCAACAUAUCGGAGAGCAUUCCUCACUUUAUAGUCCGCUCUCUUGUGGACAAGUCGGUUGGCCAUUCGCGGCCGAUCCAUGUAAAUUCGAGAAUAUAACGUACAGUCCAGAAUUAAAGUACCACAGUAGCGCGAUAUUAGCGACCGCAUUAGACACAUUGAGUUUAAGAUAUAGAACUAAAAAGUAUCCAGGUGCCAGCUUAUCUGAUUUGUGUGCCGAUUUGAACAAGUUGGGUCGCAAGGCCGCGGCGACUAGUCUGAGCCUGCCAUUUCCGAUGAAAAUGAAGAUGGAUUUGAUAGAUGUGCUGGAUGAAUUCGAAGGACCUCUGUGGACAAGCCUGACACCAAGUUGCGAUAUACCAAUGGAUAAUAAUAUGCAAAGUAUAGCGUUACGAGGAAUUUCCGAGGAUAGAAUAAAGCGACCUAUUCAUGAAGCUAGCAAACAAAUGUCCAAGCCAGCAUAUAGAUGCUCCAGCGUACACGAAAUGAUGACACUGUAUCUGGCAUGUACGUGUCAUGCGUCGGCUACAUAUUUAACCAACAUUGAAGCACCACUGAAAAUUGCAUUACCCUAUCCAAAGAUUUUCAAUAAUAACGUAACUGAGGACGGAAAUAUCGCCGGCUGGCCCGUAGGAACUAAUGUAAAUUCAGUUGCAGUAAUGGCUGGAAUGCACAAUGGCAGUAAUGUUGCAACAAUGUACGAAUCUCUAAUUAAACAAACCAAAAGGAUAAGAAGUAUAAAGAAAUUCCAUGCUUUUACGGAUUCCGGACUCGAGGAAGACGAAUUUACGGAAUGUGUUCAUAAUUUAACUGAUUGUAAAGAGGCGUAUGAAGAUUAUUGUAUCUAAAAAAUUACUGAAUUGUAAAUAGUUCAAUGAUUCUAAUGUUGCAAUUUGCUAUUAUAUUAAUAAUAUCUUUAUAUAUAACAGGAUUGUAAUAGAUUUUCAAACGCUUAUAGAUUUAAUUUGUACGAUUCAAGAUUGAAAUGUAACAUUCUUUUACAAUUGUAUGUAUACAAUCGAUAUUAAAUUUUUUUACAAUUGCUGCACUUGAAAAUAUACUGAUUUGUCUACAUUC